GAGGUCCUGGCUGCUCGGCCACUUGACGAAGGGACCUUCCCGCCAUCUUCAGUGGACGAGGCGACCAUCCUGGCCGAGCCAGUUCCGAAAUCGAAGGAGGAGCUGCUGGAGGAGGUAGACGUCUUGGCCGCUUCACUGACAGACGGACUCGAGCCGGGCUUCAGUCGACAGUCGGGUCCACCUUCCGAGGUGACCAUCAUGCUGGAGCACAUCCCCAAGACGAAGGACGAGUUGCUUCAGGAGAUGGAUGUGCUGGCAGCUUCGCUGACGGCCGGUUUAGACGCAUCGCCCGGUGCAGACCGGGCAGAGGGCGAUCCCGAAGCGGAGGCCUUGUUGCCGGCAAGCACUUCGAGUCCACCUUCGGAGGCAACCAUUUUCCUCGAGCGGGUUCCAAAGUCGCAGGACGAGCUGCAUGCUGAGAUGAAUGUGCUGGCUGCCUCGCUGACGGCGGGUCUGACAGAUCUUCCUAGCAAGAACCAUGUGGAGGACGAUGCAGCAGAGGCUGGCAACCGUGCAAAGCAGCGCCCUUCCUGUGCCAUUAUCCACUAG